AUGACUUCUCCGAGAUCGUCCAUGGAUGUACAAGAACGGAUGAUUCAGCUAGAGACAGAGCUGGAGAACACCAAAGCGGAGAAAGAGACGCUGGGAGCUCAGUACAGGAGCCUCUUGAGCAAGCUCACAGGCAUGAGGCAGAGUUUGGGCGAAAAGUUACGCGAAGACGCAGAAGAGCUGGACCGGAGAGAAAACACUAUCAAUACAUUGCAUGCCGAAAUCUCAGAGCUGCAGCAACACAUUGAAACUUUGAAAUCGGAGCUCGUCAAUGUCAACCAGGAGUCUACGUCACUCCAAAACCAGCUGGCACAACUGAGAUCUCAAUCCGAUUCAUCCUCCUCGGAUGUCCUCUCGCUCACGCGUGAGAUGAGGGAGCUACGUGGAGAAAUGGAGAGACUGCGUAUAGAGAGGGAAGAAUGGGAGGCAGAGGCUAGUCGAGAGAGAGAGAAGAGAGAACGGAUGGAAGAUGAAGUGAGGGCAAUGGAGAAACGUGAAAGGGAUGGACUACGAGAAUUGGAGCGGGCCCGACAGGAAUCAACGCAGGAAAAGGAAAGGGCUAGUAAUCUACAGGACGUGCUCAGUGAAUUUCAAGCUAACAAAGAUGGAGAGCUUCGACAAGCUACGGCGGAGCUGGAGGCACAGCUCAAAUUAGCUGCAGCCUCUUUGUCCGAGUACAAGCUGCGAGCUGCCAAUGCGGAGACUCGUUUGACGGAAGUAGGCAGCGACAAAACCAGAUCUUCGGCGCUGGAGAAAGAGCUCAAGGAGAAGACGCAAAUUAUUGGCAAACUUCGGCACGAUGCUGUGGUUAACAACGAGCAUUUGACUGAAGCGUUGCGGAGACUGAGGAAAAACACUUCAGAUACAAACGUCGACCGACGUCUUGUCACCAAUAUACUUCUCUCCUUCCUGACUGCCCCUCGAUCCGACUCGAAGCGGUUUGAAAUGCUUUCCAUUCUUGCCACGAUUCUCUCCUGGGACGACACAGAGCGGGAGAAGGCCGGACUGCAGAGAAUAGAUAAAGGCGCGCCAAGAGCAAAGGUGGAGAAAGGCAAAGCACGUCAAGGAGAGAAGAGUGCCGAGGACGCAGCUGCGCUCAACGAGUCUUUCAGCAACCUGUUCGUCGAAUUCCUCCUCAAAGAAGCUUCACAGGGUCAACGUCAUUCACCAACUUUGCCGGGUGGACCAGAGACACCGGGAUCGCCUAACGAGCGCCUCUCCAGUCCGCCAUGGUCCCCAGCGAUUGCAGGUACACCUCCCCGUGCCGUGCGUCGAUCUUCUUCUGCCUCCAACACAUCCGUCCCGCCGUCAAUCCUUGGGGAAUUGUCCAACACAUCGGGCUCAACCUACGAGACCUUGAUGAGUAGUAAUACGACACCGACCGAGAGGGGACCGGGUAUGUUGCCUGCUCCUCUCAGUCGUAAAGCAAGCUACGGGAGAUGA